UCCCAUUGACGCGAAUAAAGAAAAAUAAAACACACAAUCCCUGCUAUGCUUCUAUAAUGACCCGUUUUAAGUGUUCGGGUCGCUUCCUCGGCGCCACAGCCAUCCUGCUAUCGAUCAGCGUAAUUCUGAUCGUCUUCGUCAAUCCCCCACACACCCGAAUUCUCCACAGUUCGUUUCCUCAAACCACUCCAAAGCACAAUUCGUCAACCUUAACCCUGGAUGACGUCCGCUGCACCGGCUCCCACGACACCUCUCACAUCCAGGUCGUGGUCAAAACCGGCACAAACAUCAUCUACGACAAGCUGCCCACCCAACUGCUCACAGCCCUGCGCUGCAUCCAGGACCCGCUUAUAUUCGCCGACUCAGAGCAAGACAUCGGGCCCUACCAUGUGCAUGAUGUUCUCGCCAACGUCAACGAGACACUAAAAAUCACGCACCCGGACUUCGCGUACUACCGCACAAUCCGGGAAUACGAGUCCGCAGGCCGCGACAUCCGGCUGCUCCGGGAUUCUUCUCGACAGGCCGCCUGGGACCUGGACAAGUACAAAUUCAUCCACAUGUUGGUGCAGACCUGGGAGCGACGUCCGGGCUACGAUUGGUACGUCUUCGUCGAGGCCGACACGUACCUGUUCUGGGGGAACCUGGUGCAAUGGCUGGAGCGGAUGGACCCGGGCCAGCCGCUGUAUCUGGGGUCCGCGGCGACGUUUAAUGGCGAGAAAUUCGCGCACGGGGGCAGCGGAGUAAUCUUGUCGCGGGCGGCUAUGGCGCGAGUCCUGGAUGGGGAUCCCGAUCUGGCGGCGCGGUAUGAUGAGCGUAUGCACGAGGAGAUUUACGGGGAUUAUGUGCUCAUGAAAGCGUUGAAGGAGAAGGGUAUCCCGCUGAGCGAUAAGUGGCCCAUGAUGCAGGGUGAGAAGCAGAAUACGUUGCCUUUUGGGCCGGGGCCGGACUCGGGAGUCAGACAUGGGUGCCAGCCGUUGAUUACCAUGCAUAGUGUGACCCCGAUGGAUGUGAAUGCGAUGUGGAAUUAUGAACAGCGGCGGCAGACUCCUGAGGUACCGCUCCUCAUAGGCGAGCUGUAUGACUAUUUCAUGGGCCGGGCUCUCCCCUCAGAACGCAACGACUGGUAUAACCUCUCCGACGACUUGAUGUUCCGUGCGCCCGGUGUCGAAGGGACGAGACAGAAGUCUCCUCUGGAACUAACCCCUGUUGAGGAGCUGGCGUAUAGCUCCUUUGAACUAUGCCGGAAAGCGUGUAAGGAGCAUCCAAAAUGCUUCCAGUACUCAUAUCACGACCAGACCUGUGGGUUUUCCUUCUCCUAUCGGUUGGGAUACCGGAAAGACCCGGAGGGCGACGAUGGACCAUAUAAGUCCGGGUGGUUGCUAGAUAGGAUUGAGAAGGAUCGGGAAGACCACACCUGCCGCGCACCGGAAUGGCUAUAAAUGAAGCAAGCAACUAUGGACCCGAGUAUCACUUGCAUUAAAAUCAACUAUUAGCGACAUCCAACAAACACCACGGAUGGAUCCGAUGAUCGGCUCAAAGUGACCACUAGAGGUGCGCCGACAAGGAAACAACUAUAACUUACAAAUGCCGAUGCCAGGCAGGCGUGUCAAACUGGCCAACAGUGGGCCACAGCCAGCAAGAACAGGCGCCCCUUUUUCGGCUCAGUGGGACCUAAAACAAUGCCAGAAUGGCAAGGAGGUCUUUUUUAUACUAUAGGAAAUCCAAAAGUGUAUAUAGCUGUAAAUAGUGCAUCUCAAGCGACGUUUCUU